AUGCCUCGGACUUGGCAGUUGUUGCGACCUGACCGAAGUGACCCCCCUUCGCUCACUGUAUCCGAACUGGAGGAUGUUAAGGAGAUAAGUGGGUGGUCCGCUGCCAGAGUCAAGGCCGACAAGUUUGAAGAAGUCGAUUUUGACAAUCUCGUCACCGAGGAGAAUAUGAGGCAGUUUCUCGGAUAUGACAUUCCGAGAGAUAAACAGUUAAUCACCAAGAGGGGAGCUGUCAAGAAGAGGAAUGAAGCCCCUCCAUCCCCGAGACCUAUGACUAAGAAGAGGUCACCUGAGGAAGUUCUCGGGGAUGUUCCUGCACAAAAGAAACAGAAGAUUCCUUUGGCCGCCUCGGGUGCGAGGAGAACUCCUCCUUCGGCUCCAUCACCUAGGGGGGUGCCGGGAUCUGCUCCUGGAACUCAAAGUCCCGAUCAACCCGAAACAACUCCCCAUGUUGGAGUGGCUGAGGAGUCUCGGAUCGAAUCCGAGAACGUUACUCCUGAAGCUGGCGUGCUCCCCGAGACUUCUACUAGGAGCGAGUCUCGUGCUGAGGCCAGCCCAAGUACCGGGGCUGUACCUCAAGUGGGUCCUAGCUCUUCCUCCAGGAUGACUGCCCUCUGGCAGAAGUGCGAAAAUUGUCCUGCGCCUCCGCCCACUCCUUCCCCCGAAGUUCAAGCCCGCAUCUCGGGUUUAGAGGAUGAAGUUGCGGCGCUGAAGUCUCUUCUUCAGUCCAAGGACGAGGAACUCGCGUCCCGGGAAUCAAUUAUAUCCGAGAUGCGUUCUGCUAACGCUCGUUUGAGUAACGAAGUGGCGGAGGCCAACGGUCGAUACGCUCGCUCUAUUGAAAGUCUUUCUUCCGAGCUGGAUCGUGCGGACCAAUUGUCUAUUCGUUUGUCGGCUGUGCAGAAUGAAUGCUCCGAGGCGUGCAAGAAUGCGUUGAGUGCCGAGGCUGAAAAGGACAAACUCAAAGAUGAGGUUGAAAGACUUACAGCCGAGAGGGAUAAAGCUCUCAAGGCGCAGGAUCACUCGGAGAGUCUCUUGAUUCGUCUCAGGGCUAGAUAUGACGCCGAUCGGGCAAAGCUUAAACAAGAAGCCAUUGACGAGAUGGAGGAGUUUGGUAAGGACUUCAUGCCCGACGUUCCGAAUUGGGGUCUUGACGCGCCAGUUCCCGAAGAAGACCCUCUUGACGAUCCUGCUAGCUAG